UUUCUUUUUUUCUGUCUUUCUUUCUUUCUUUUUUCUUCAUCUCUUUCCUUUUUUUCUUUCUUUCUUUCUUUCUUUCUCCCCUUUUUUCUGUCUCUCCUUUUUUCUUUCUUUUUCUUUCUGUCUUCUUUCUUUCUUUUUUCUUUCUUUAUCUCUUUCUUUCUUCCUUUUUUCUUUCUGUCCUUUUUUCAUUCUUUCUUCCUUUCUUUCUUUCUUUCUUAUUGUUCUUUCUGUCUCUUUUUCUUUCUUAUUUUUCUUUCUUUCUUUUUUCUAUUUUUCUUUCUAUUGUUUUCUCUCCCUUUUUUCUUUUCCUCUUCUCUCUUUUUUCUGUUUUUCCUUCUAUUUUCUGUCUCUCUCUUUUUCCUUUUUCCUUUUUUUUCUUUCUCUUUCUUUUUUUUCUCUUUCUUCUUUCUUUCUCUUUCUCUUUCUUUCUUUCUUCUUUUUUCUGUUUUUCUUUUUCUUUUCUUUCUCUUUCUUUUUUUCUCUCUUUCUUCUUUCUCUCUCUCUCUCUCUUCCUUUCUUUCUUUCUCUUUUUCUUUCUUUCUUUUUUCUGUUUUUCUUUCUAUUUUCUCUCUCUCUGUUUUUCUUUUUUGUUUCUCUUUCUUUCUCUUUCUCUCUCUUCCUUUCUUCCUUCAUGCCCCUGCACAAACUCAUGCCCCUGUUUUAACCAACAUCGCCCCGCGUCUCCUUCUUUUACACACUCUCGCACACUUACCCUCACUUUCCUCGGAGUCAUUUCGGUUCAGGACUUUGUUGUUCCAUUGAUUGAACAAGACCAUCAAUAGCUUUCAAAUACAGCUACCUGUCUGAAGAGGAGCUGUGGAGCAUGAACAGCAGCACCUCAAAAGAUUUCCUGCUAAUACUCUCCUUCCCCAGGUAGCCCAGGCGCCCUGCUAUUAUUUCCAGCCUUUUGCCUUCGGCCCUUUCUCUCUCUUCUGAGGUGAGAGGGCUUUGUCGCCGCAUGAACGCAGAGCCACCAAGACACAUCGCGAAGCGGAGGGAGAAAUGUUUCCAUGGUAGCCGGCUCAAGGUUAUCAGGACAACAAUAUAAAAUGAGCCCUCCUGGGACUCAACCUCCGCUUACCAGCCCCAUUUUGCCACCAGGGCUCCUCUACAUUUCUGCUUCGCUCUUUCACGCUCGCACACAGGAGGACAGGUUGACUGGAUGGAUUUUUUCCGCUGGCUCCGCUGGGACCUGAGCACAAGAGUUGGCACCUGCAGGGGGGGAGAGGAGUCUGAAGCUUGAAGGAGAGCGAGGCGGAUGCACAGGUCUCCCAGGUUCGGUCUAAUGGCCCCGCUUGGCCCAACCUACCGCUGUUGGUCAGAUGGCCCGCUCUGCUACCAGGCAGCAGGGCCAGCGGCUUGCUUUCACAUUCACUUCAACCUGGCUUUGUCAAAGACUCUCAAUGACUUUCCAAAAAUAGGCCGGGGGGAAUUGAACAGAGAGGGAGAGGAGUGUGAAGUCAGAAAAGGUGAAACAAAAGGCUGCCUUGAGUGCGGAGGUGCAAGGAGAAGCAUAUGUUGGUUUAAUGCUCUCAUUACAGACCCUCUCUCCUGGCCUCAGAAGGGUCCUUCAAUUUACAACGAGCUGCAGAACGGAGACAAAGACAAAGAGGCGGGUUUUCAUGAGGCAGUGGCGGUAAAGGAGUGUUUACCUGCGACACUUUGAGGAGCGGCAUCAGUGAGCGGAGAUCAUCAAAACCGACUCCAACAUGCGUGUGCCCGGCAGGCGCUGUUUAUCUCCGUGUGACAGGCCGGUAUUCAAGAUGAAGAUGU